AUCUGAGUAGUUUGUUAACUGCAUACGAUGGAUAAUUUCGAUACAGAAAGGUUUAUUAUCGAAAUUCAAAGUAGACCAUCACUUUGGGAUAAUUCCUCGUCAGAUUAUUCCGAUAGAGAUUUGAAAAAGAAAUGUUGGGAGGAAGUUGUAGAUUUAUUUGGAGAACAGGAGCAAACCGUUGAACAAAAAAAGAGCUUUGGGUUAGUGUUGCAAAAAAGGUGGAAAAGCAUCAGAUCAUGCUAUGCGCGGGAAGUCAAACGUCAAAGAAAUGUUAAGUCCGGGUCUGGAGCCACUAACCGCAAAAGCGAAUAUAUAUAUUUUAAGCAGUUACAGUUUCUACAAAAAGUAGUAGCUAUCAGAGAAGAAGGUGAAGAAGAAAAAAAUUCGGAGAGCACUGAAGUAGGCGAGCGACCAAAAAAAGCUACAAACAAACGUAAACUAGCAGUAGACGAUGAUCCUUUUAUUCAAGCAUUAAAUAAUUCAAUUGAGCAAAGACGCCGUGAGACAACAGAGCAGAGACUACGCGAGACAGCUGAGGUUGACGAAGAUCGGCUAUUUUUGCUUUCAUUGUUGAGCACAUUAAAAAAUCUACCUCCUCAAAUUAAAAUGGCUACCAAAAUAAAGAUGCUAACUUUGUUGAACGAUGCGUCAGGUUUUUCUGGUAACAGGACGUUUGAUUAUACUGGUCCGUCUUUUCGGAAUUCUCCAGAAAUUAAUCCAGGUGGCAGGAUGAUGAGUCAUGACACCUACCAUCCUGGUUAUUCGACGCAACGGCAAGUGAUUGCUACUGAAUAUCCUGGACCAAGUUAUAGGACAAACACGAAUUAUCAGAAUGAACCUAUCACAAGUAGUCCUAAUUCCCCAUAUAAUUCUAUGAAUACAAUGACAUAUGCAAGUUCUCCAAGCGACACAAAUGAUUCACAGGACUCAGAACCACUUAUGGAUCUAUAUAGCACUUAAACGUUCAUGCUUGUUUGUUUGUCUACAUUUUUUAAUAAAACUUACUUUAAAAAUGUUCAUAGUUUGAUUUAACUUACC